GAGAUAAUAUUAUAUCUUAUUUAUUUAAUUAUAUUUAUAUUUAUAUUUAUAACGAGACAGAUCCUAGAAACUGGAGAUCCCAUGAAUCGCUCCUCAACGUGACAUUGCCUCUUUCACUGUUCAGGAUAAUUGGCGCCAAAACCAUGAAGCUCGAUAACACCAACGGCCAGAUGUCCUUCGCCGGCGAUGUUUCGCCACCGCAGAACGCGGAUGACGUGGAGGAGAUAUUCGUGCCGCCGCUGAACUUCGCGAUGGUCGACAAUGGCAUUUUUAGAUCGGGCUUUCCCGAUUCUGCCAACUUCGGAUUCCUGAAAUCCCUUCGUCUCCGUUCCGUAAUAUGUUUGUGCCCCGAACCGUAUCCAGAAGCGACUUUGGAAUUUUUGAAGGUCAACGGAAUAAGGUUUUAUCAAUUCGGGAUCGAUGGCUGUAAGGAACCCUUUGUCAACAUCCCAGAGGAUACAAUUCGUGAAGCUUUGAAAGUGGCCCUCGAUGUUAGGAACCACCCCCUGCUGAUCCACUGUAAACGAGGAAAACACCGCACUGGUUGUCUUGUGGGAUGCAUAAGAAGAUUGCAGAGAUGGUGUUUAUCAUCUGUUUUUGAUGAGUACCAAAGGUUUGCAGGUGCCAAGGCCAGAGUGUCAGACCAGAGGUUCAUCGAGUUGUUUGAUAUUUCUUGUUUGAAGCACCACCCACUCUCAUUUUCAAGCUCAAAGAAAUAGAAGUAGAAAUAGAAAUAGAAAUAAUGGGGUACUUUAGAAAGCUGCUGCUUCCUCCCAUGGAAUAUUUCCAUGAUGAAGUGAAGUAUAAUGACUUGUCUUCUAUCUUUUUUCACUAGAAAUUAGAGCAGGAUGAGUAGAAUCUGAUAUGUUCUGGAUCCUUUGUUUACAUUCCAUUACCGUUUCAGAAAAUAUUUUUAGUACUUCGAGCACUCAGCACAUCUUUGACCAAAUAUGGCAAAAGUUAACUUUUUUACACUACCCUCACCAUUGGAUGUUUCUUCUCAUAUCUCAUUUUGU